AUGUCAAACAUCAGCAUGGAAGCGUUAAUAGCAAUUGGAGAGCACUUCUCAGGGAACAUUCCUAGUGACGACGAAGAGUUUGAGCAGAAAGUUAAGGCCUUCAGGGAAAAUCCCUACUUUGAGCGAAAGGAGCCUGAGAAAGAUCCCAUUGUAAUAAGACCCAGACCGCGGAGAAACCCUAAGAACUAUAGAGGGAAAAGAGGAACAGCUCCCACAUGGAAUUAGUACUCCAAGCGGCAGCAAGAAAAGCCAGCCCUGAUUGAAGAAGCAUUUGAACGACUGAAGGGAACACCAGGAUUGCCCGAAUCAACGGGAGGUCGGUGGUAUACUGACAAUGACCUCAUUAAGGCAGAAGUUGAGAAGAUAAAGCAGGAAAGGAACCCGAAGAUACCGAAGAAGAGAGGCAGACCUCCAAAGGCAAAAACAGAGGUCGAAGUGAAGGUGCCCAAAAAGAGGGGCAGGCCACGCAAGGUGAAGGUGGACGAGGAGGUGAAGGUGCCUAAAAAGAGAGGUAGACCACCUAAGGUGAAGGUUGAGGCUAAACCUGAAAAGGCAAACUGUGGCUGA